AUGAUAAAAUUCAACUUCUUUAAGAAGAGUUCCACAGGUUGGAUGGCGGCCAUGGAUAAAAGUUUCGUAUGGUUAUUGUUAUUACUGCUUUACAAAGGUUCACUUGGAAUUCCUCAAAGUGACCUCACCGUUCCAACAACGGGCUCCGUUAACAUACUGGCGACUGGAACCGAUUAUAGUCGUAUUGGACACUCACGACCAGCUGCAAUCGGAGGUUCAGCCAUUACUACACAAUUGGAUAUUGGUCAACCGAGUAGCGACCAAUUCGUCGUCGAUCUGAUGAACAAUAACCCUGCUUCCAACUCCGGUAGCAACGUAGCCCUGAAAGAUUUUGGUGGUUCAAGUUCACGAUUUGAUCCACAGUCAAGUUCCUCAUUAGGAGUAAGUAGCGGUGUCAACAUCCUCGGCGUGCCCGGGUCGGCACCAGUAAGUGGAAACACCCUUUCCGGAACUACACAGUUUGUCCUUACGCAACCAGAAUACAGCGUAGGACUACCGCCAACUCCAGCCCCUUUCGAACUUUUCCAAGGCGAAUCGAUGAGUUUCCGACCACCUUCAUCUGGAAUAAGUCCAGACCAACAGUUGAUUGCUAACAUGGAAACAGCACCGUAUAACCCAUCCACAAACGAAUUCGGUGCCUUUUCUCCUACAAACUUCAAUCCACAGUCACUUGAUGCUAUACCAACAUUGUCAACAGAUUUUGGCACAAAUCCCAUACCCUUCAAAGCAGGAUCAUCCAAUUUUGAUCUUACAAAUUUCGACAGAAGUGAUGGACCGACAAACGUCCCUUCAGUCAUUGGUACCAGCAAUUUCCCAUUACCGUCAUUCGACCCGACAUCAGGCCUACCAACUGGAACAUCAGUUCAUAAUUCUAACAACGGAGUGCUUCCAGAUCAUGCCAUGGAUCUUCCACCUUCCAACAACGGAUUUCUUACAGACAAAGCUGUUGGUACAACGAAUUUAAAUGAACCACGUCCAUCAUCGUCAGACAGUAGUGGUCCUCUGCCAGAUCAUGCUAUGGACCUUCCACCCCUGAGAACUGGAGCAUUGCCCGGACCGGAUUCAAAUAUACCAAUCGCUCCAAGUACAUUACCGGAUCACACAAUGGAUUUACCAACAAGUCCAAGUACUUUACCCCCAAACAAAUAUUCUAGUGCUUUACCAAAGGACGUUAUGGAUUUACUGACACUGAACCCUGGCGUUUUAAAAAAUGAUGCGAUGGAUCCCAACAUAGGCUCAUUACCGGAUCACACUAUGGAUUUACCUCCCCAAAGCUCUGUCACAUUAUCAAAUCAUGCUCAAGAUUUACCGCCACUGAAUACUGGAACAUCACCAAACCAUGCUCAAGAUUUGCCACCAAAGGGCAAGGGAACAUCGGCCCAAGGCUCGCUUCCACAACGUAUUUUAGCAUCUCCAGAUAAUGUUGCACCGCAAGGAACCGAGACCAAUAUUCAGGAUAAUCAUCUUGACCUAUCAUCCACCCAUCGCGGGCAACUAUCCAACCAAGAUAUGACUAUGAUCAACUCCAGAAUCUCUGAAGGGUUUCCAGAUAUUUCACUAGGAUUUGGAGCUGGAGCACCAACUACCAAUACAAGAUUUUAUUCAGCACCUACUGUGGACUCACAACAACAAGAUACCGGGUCAACACCAAAAACAGUAGAUCAUCCCACAACUGUACCCAGGAGUCAGACAGAGUCUGGCUAUGCGCCCAUACUAAACAAUUCAGUGGAUCUUGUCAUUCCAUCCAACAGAUUCGUUCUAGAACCAACAAUCGAUUUAACUCUCCCCGACGUUAAACUAUUACCAGAGCACCACAUGGACUUACCAACAGCUAAUUUUGGGAGUAUUCCUGACCAUUACUCGGAUAUCCCCCCCAGAUACAUCGGAACUACACCCCGAACUACAUUCAACUCAGCUUCACCGAAUACUGAGGUACUGGUUCCUGAGCAAAACGCCUCAAGCGGAAGUGGAAUUCCCUCAUUGCCCAUUCCUAGUGCGAUUGCAACGACCGUCAUCUCGGAUAACCCUGAGACAGGAAACCAAGGUGUAGGCUCGACGGAUCGGUUUGGAUUGAAGUCUUCACAGCCCACAAACACCGUCAGGACCACCUCCCAACUUCCACCAAACGUCAACACAAUACAAAAUGUUCCUAAAUAUCAAUAUGGUACUCAAGAGCCGUCCACACAACCACCAACCAACGUUGUAAGUCCAAAGGAUCAGAUCCACUUCCAUCCGAGUCAACAAAUUUCAACAAGUAAAGAGCACAACGCCCCAGCAUCUCUACCAUCGAAUCCAUCUCCCAGCUCUCCAAAGACAAUAAUUUCUGAACAGUAUAAGCAGUUCCUUGCCAGUAGACUUCCAGGGAGCCCAGUGGCUCCUAACAGUCAAGGAUUAACCCCGUCAUCAGGUAUGCCGCACUAUCUUACUUCCAGUGCUCAACAGCCACCGUUUGAUCCAAGACUUCGGCAUUUUCCUCAAACAAGUCUCAACUCUCAGCAAACAGUACUCGACCCAAGGCAAAUAUAUCAACAGCAGUUAGCUCAUCGGGCAUACAAUGAUCCACGGUUCCAACUAGGCCAUCAAGCAACAUAUGCGGCAACAAAUAAGCGUCCUCAAAUACCAGUCCUGCCAGUUCUGUCCGCAGAACCAGCAAGUAACAAUACGCUGAAUGAAUGGCAAAAACCCUUAACAGAACCACUACAACCUAGACCCACUCCCGGACUUACGUCCAAUGCAGCUAGACUUAUGGAACAGAUACGGAAAAUGUCCGGUGGGGUUGUUCCAAACCAGUCCAAUCUACAGUCCAUUCAAGAAGCUAUGAAGCGACAUAGUUUGAAAUCUUUACCUAUUGGCACCAACCCAGAUACCAAGACUUCUACCAGCCAUAGCAGUGCCCCUAUGCAACAAUCCAAUGAUUCACAAACAGCCAAUAACAUGUUUCAAAACAUUCCAACUCAAACUGCUCGUCAGCCAACCAUUCAACAACCUUCUAUCGUAGCAGCUGACCUGAUCAACCCAUUGAAAUCUACACGAAACCAGAAGCAGCAACCAAGCAGUGUCCAAAACCCACAUCUUCAAACUCGGCAUCACCAUCAUCAGAGUCAGCCUGUCAGAGCUCAGCAACCCAAUCAACCAAAUUUUGUCAUUCAUCCACGAAUUCCUAGAACCCGGGUUAAACUAAACCAUCAAGAUACACAUAAAUCAAUAUAUCCUCCAGGCUCCAAAAAUGCCGAAUGGGCUGUGUACAUUCAACAAAAUCCAGGGACAACACAAAAUUCAGAAGCUCGCAAACGUCAACAGCAACCCCGUGGACAAGCUCAUCAAAGUUUGCAAACCAAUCAACCCGCCGGAUAUCAACAUCCCCAACAAGCCCACGUACGACCAACAACAGUAGCUCAUCAACCGAUUCCUCAACAACCACGUACUUUACCAGCCGAGGUCCGUCAACAAAUCAGACAGUCAUCAGAGGUCCGACAAACUGCUCGACCUACUGCCACAAACUCAGCUUCUCAAGCGAAUUCAAAAGAUACUCAACUAAAUACAAGAAACACAGCAACCCCUCCAAAUGCGAGACAAGAUGCCCAAAUAAAAGCUAAAACCGUAGUUUCUCCGACCAAUCGACAAAACGAGCUCGUAUCAAAAGUAUCUGAGAUUCCGGGGAUAAAUACAAGACCACAAUUCGUCGGUCAGCCUCCAAACACUAAAAGUUUAUUGCGAAAUGAAGCUGCACGACUUCUUCCGGCGGGAGCUGCUCCCUACAGUGGGGGAGGCGGUGGUGGUAAUGAUAUGCUUAUGACGAUGAUGAUGAUGAAUCAAAUGCAAGGCGGUGAAGCCAUGCCGAUGGCCAAGAUCAUGGAAAUGAUGAAUCCAAAAUCAAAACCGAUAGCCCCAAUACAGCUUGCCACCCCAGCACCGAAAACUCUGAAGGAAGCUCUGGGUUAUUAUGAUCCAGUCAUGAAGGAAUUUAUCCCACGAGGUGCCGGGUACGGACCUGAAAUUAUUCCAAAACCUACAACUCCUCCACCGGUCAAGGCUCAACAGAUGACGCCUCAGCAGCAAUUACAGGCUCAAGUACAACUUAUGGCAAAACUCAGACAAAAUCCACACUUUGCAAAAAUGCAAUCUCAAGUGCAAGCUCAAAAUCCUCUUUUCGGCAAACUGCAAAGUCCUCAAUUAGGUUUACGAGCGGAAAAUCAAAUGAUGGCACGUCUAAUGGCUCAACAGAACCAAGCUCGAAAUUCACAAGCCGGAAGACCGACACCACUUUUAUCGGGCGAACUUCGACAACAGCCAGUGACGUCACACGCCCUUCCAAAAAGAAGGAAGAAGUCAGUGGACGUUGUUGGAAAGGCUCGUCUUAAGGCGUUUGAACAUAUCAAGCGUUUACCUCGGGACGAGUUGCUGAAAGAAUACUCAGUGUGGAGGAUUGAAAGCGGCUUAGAAUCGUCGAAGAAAAGUUUAAGACAAUUUUUGAAAUUUUUAAAGGGUAAAAUUUACACAGUGGCGCCAUUGUUUAUACCGCAACAACCAAUUAUGUGA